AUGAGAUCAAUAAGGCUGUUAUUAUUCUUCCUGGCGAUUCCGCUAAUACCUUUCUGUGGUUCAGAUGAAGUUGCAGACCUCGCUAAUGCCGUAGCCUCCGAACUUGAAGGUGAACAGGUUGAGGUACUGGAUGAGGCGCUUUACGAGGGCUUUGUCCACGGUAUAGCACUUAACUUCGACUAUGUCUCACUAGGUAGACAGACCAGUUCGGAAUCUGAACCAGAUGAGGCGGAAAAGGAGGAAACACAUAAGCAUAAUCUCCUGAAGGCUGAGCUAGAGGCCGACUAUCUCACCCGACACAGACCAUUGGAGUCAACUGAAGUCGAUGAGAUGGAAUCGGAUGCAUACUCACUCUUCAACAUUGUCAUGCACUAUAUGAACUCCCGUGCUCAACGAUGGAAGCUUGUAGAGCCUAAGAGUGAGGCCCUGGAAGAUGGACUAGAACAUCAUAUGGUCUUCGUCAGUGACUCCUCUGACGUAGGGGGUAGGCACAUACCGCGGAGUAUGAUACUCUCUGUCGGUAACAUCGCAAAGACACUGCCGCAAAAAAAUGGUAAAACACCAAUCCUACUAACCUGCCUUGAAACAUUCAUUGUCUCCAAACUGGCCUACACUCUAAUAGGCAAACUGCUAAAAAGUUCAGCACCUGUCGAUACGAAGCUUAAAUAUAUCGACAGAUGGAUCAACCUUGCGCAGAACCAUUUCAUCCUAUACCUGCCAUAUAUCACAAUUACAGCACAGCGAUGUGUUGGCAUGCUAGAAGAAAAUGGUGAAUUGAAAUCUGAUUUCAACAAUGACCAUUAUCGUGUUUUGCUUAAGAAUUGUAAGUCAAUGGCACAAAAACGUGAUAAUGAGGCUGAUCUCCAAACAUUCGUCAUGUUGGAUUCGGAGUUGCAUAGUACACUGAUUGAGAGUUGUAUAAAACAGCGCCAUAUCAUCCCGUCAUUGUUAGAAGAAAAGGAGACCCAUCUCAAGAGCAUACACCAGGUACUAGACAAGGAAAUGUCAUGGGAGACAUUUACUAAUGCUGUAAACAUGGUAUUCUCCGAUGUUGAACGUGACAUCCUGAAGGCUGAUGACUUCCUUAUGCAACCAGCAACCUGGGGAUGCGGUCUUUCGAAGAAAGACGCCGAUACUGCUGAGAAGAAGCUUAUCGCCGCAUUUGCUAAAUCGCAUGUACAACUCAAUCUCAAGGUCAGAUCGGCGCUUAUCGAGUUGAACCGCAUCAUUGCGGCUGCAGCACCAGACAAGGGUGCUUCUCUUGCUAAGGCUCUAGUUUCAUUUGUGGAACAUGAGCAUAAUGCGGCGGUUGAAGAGGCUAAACAAAACAAAGAACUAUCGCAGUGCAUAGACGAUGCGAAACGCACGCUCACCAGUGAAGCUGACAAGUAUGAUAACCUUGUCACAAAGGCCUCUUACACGGAUGGUAUAGCCAUGGAGAUGAAAAAAUAUCAGAAUGAGGGAUGGAUGCCGUGCAUGUCUGCACGUAUACUAACAACUAUCACCGAGACUUGCGCCAACAAGACACAAUAUUGCAAGGUGUUACUAGAGGUGCUUAGAGAGGCUAUAGGUACACUAGAUCCCGAUAGUACAUCGGCACUUAUAAUGGAGAACUUUCACAAUGUCAUUUGUGUCUCGCUACUCAAGAACGAUAGUAUCACUGCAGAGGACCUCCGAAAGUAUCUCGCGAAAGAGGCCCGUCACGAACUCAAAGAAGUGAGCGCUCUUAGCGGAGGAUCAUCAACGGAGAAGCCCGCCGAAACGGAAGGAGCAGCUAAGAAUGAAGAAAAUCAGAAUGGUACUUCAGAAGCGCAGAGUGAGAAGUUACCUUCAGAUACUACCGAACAGGUGAUCAAAGAGCAUUAA